UCAACCUACAAUUUAAAAUAAAAAAGCCCUUCUUCAAAUUUGGGAACCCAAACAUCGGCGGAGACGGAACGACGCCGUUCUCUGCAAACCUCGGCUGGCGGCGGCGGCGGCGGCGGCGGAGACGGGUUCCUCGAUGGCAAAGGUUCCCUUAGGUUGUGAGCCGGUGGUCGGCUCCUUAGCGCCCUCGAAGAAGCGCGACUAUAGGGUCACCAACAGGCUCCAGGAAGGCAAGCGCCCCAUAUACGCCGUUGUUUUCAAUUUCAUCGACUCACGUUACUUCAACGCCUUCGCCACCGCCGGCGGAAAUCGCGUCACUGUGUAUCAGUGUCUGGAAGGCGGUGUUAUAGCUGUGCUGCAGUCCUACAUUGAUGAAGAUAAAGAUGAAUCAUUUUACACGGUCAGUUGGGCGUGCAAUAUUGAUGGAUCUCCAUUCUUAGUGGCUGGUGGACUUAAUGGAAUUAUUAGGGUUAUUGAUACUGGCAACGAGAAGAUCUACAAGAGUUUUGUUGGUCAUGGGGAUUCGAUAAAUGAAAUUCGGACUCAGCCGCUGAAGCCCUCACUUGUUGUGUCAGCAAGCAAAGAUGAAUCUGUGCGGCUUUGGAAUAUUCAUACUGGGAUAUGCAUUUUGAUAUUUGCUGGUGCUGGUGGCCAUCGCAAUGAGGUUCUUAGUGUGGAUUUCCAUCCUUCUGAUAUGUACCGUAUUGCAAGCUGUGGAAUGGAUAACACUGUUAAGAUCUGGUCAAUGAAAGAAUUUUGGACUUAUGUAGAAAAAUCAUUUACCUGGACAGAUCUUCCUUCCAAGUUCCCAACAAAAUAUGUUCAAUUCCCUAUAUUUAUUGCUUCAGUGCACACAAAUUAUGUUGACUGCAACCGGUGGAUUGGAGAUUUCAUAAUCUCUAAGAGCGUUGAUAAUGAACUUGUAUUAUGGGAGCCGAAGAUGAAGGAACAAUCUCCAGGAGAGGGUACAGUUGACAUUCUUCAAAAGUAUCCUGUUCCAGAAUGUGAUAUUUGGUUUAUUAAAUUUUCCUGUGACUUUCAUUACAAGACUGUUGCCGUAGGAAAUAGAGAAGGGAAGAUAUAUGUAUGGGAAGUGCAGUCGAACCCCCCGGUUCUAGUUGCAAGAUUAUCUCAUGUCCAGUCAAAAUCCCCAAUUAGAUUGACUGCCGUGUCGUAUGAUGGAAGGACUAUUCUCUGCUGCUGCGAAGAUGGAACUAUAUGGCGAUGGGACGUGGUUUCAAGUUCUUGAGAUCACGAACCGGCAUUUGAAGGCACACUUUCUUCUUCUCCCAUAAUUGAUCACAAUCUGUUAUGCUGCUUAUAGUCUAGUGAUGUUAUUCUCCAUUUUGAGUUUAGAAGAUGAUCUCUAACAAAUAAUUGUUGACUGCUCUAUUUUUUUCACUUAACUUUUUAACUUCAUUAAUAUC